AUUGUUAAAAACUUAAAAGUACCUAGACACUAUUUGAUGCGAAUAUGUACAAAGACGAUAUUGUGGAACCAAUACAAAUGAAACACACAGUUAUAUAAAGUACAACAACGUUAUUUGUUUCUUCCAUCAACUCUUUACUUGUGAAUGUGAAUUGUACCUCUUUCUCAUAAAUCAUCAUCACAUUUUUCUUCCAAAAAGGCUCUUCUGAUCAGGGAAAAAUAUGGGUACAGUGGUGGAAGAGAAAGUGAAUAGUAACUCACAUGGUUGCUGCAAAUCAGGGCCAGGGUAUGCUACCCCUCUUGAAGCCAUGUCUGGUCCCAGAGAGACUCUUAUUUAUGUCACUGCUGUCUACACAGGGACAGGAAUUGAGAAGCCAGAUUAUUUGGCAACAGUGGAUGUGGAUCCAAACUCUCCAACUUAUUCAAAAGUGAUCCAUAGAUUACCUGCUCCUUACUUAGGUGAUGAAUUGCAUCAUACUGGCUGGAAUUCUUGCAGCUCUUGCCAUGGUGACCCUUCUGCUCAGAGAAGAUUUCUCAUCGUACCUGGACUUGUAUCAGGUCGGGUAUACGUUGUUGACACCAAAACAAAUCCAAAGGCUCCAUCUUUGCACAAAGUUGUAGAGCCUGCAGAUAUCUUGCAGAAGACUGGAUUAGCUUAUCCUCACACAUCUCAUUGCCUUGCUUCUGGUGAAAUUAUGAUCUCAUGUAUUGGAGAUGGUGACGGAAAUGCUGAAGGAAAUGGAUUUCUUCUUCUUGAUUCUGAGUUUAAUGUCAAAGGAAGGUGGGAGAAACCAGGGCAUAGUCCAUUAUAUGGGUAUGACUUUUGGUACCAACCACGGCACAAUACUAUGAUUAGCACGUCAUGGGGUGCUCCUAAAGCUUUUACACAAGGUUUUAACUUACAGCAUGUCGCUGAUGGACUCUAUGGGAGGCAUCUUCAUGUAUAUGACUGGCCUGGGGGCGAAAUAAAACAAACGCUUGACCUUGGUGAUACAGGGCUUUUACCCUUGGAGAUAAGGUUCCUGCAUGAUCCUGCUAAAGACACGGGUUUUGUUGGGAGUGCAUUGACAAGUAACCUGAUACGAUUUUUCAAGACACAAGACGGAUCAUGGAGCCAUGAGAUUGUGAUAUCAGUGGAACCAUUGAAAGUGCAAAACUGGAUUCUUCCCGAAAUGCCUGGGCUUAUAACUGAUUUUCUGAUUUCUCUUGAUGACCGGUUUGUGUACUUCGUAAACUGGCUUCACGGUGAUAUAAGGCAGUAUAACAUCGAGGACGUUAAAAAUCCUAAACUCACUGGUCAAAUAUGGGUUGGCGGCCUUCUCCAGAAAGGAAGCCCUAUAGUAGCUGUUAAAGAAGAUGGCGAAACUUGGCAAUCUGAUGUGCCAGAGAUUCAGGGGAAUAAGUUGAGAGGGGGUCCUCAGAUGAUUCAAUUGAGCUUAGAUGGGAAGAGGCUGUAUGUUACCAACUCACUGUUUAGUACUUGGGAUAAACAGUUUUAUCCGAAGCUUGUAGAGCAAGGUUCUCACAUUUUACAGAUUGAUGUUGAUACUGAGAAUGGUGGUCUGAAAAUUAAUCCAAACUUCUUUGUGGACUUUGGAGCUGAACCUGAUGGUCCUUCCCUUGCUCAUGAGAUGAGAUAUCCUGGUGGUGACUGCACUUCAGAUAUAUGGAUUUAAGCAGAUUUUCCUGUCUGAAAUGUAUCUUUGGUGCGUACUUGAAAUUUUAAACAAACAAUACUAGAAAUAAUGACACCAGAGGGGGCUGUGUCCUUGUUUUACUGUGUCCUUCAUACAAGGACACAGGAAAGCAUUUGAUUUUACUGUGUCCUUGUUUUCCUGUGUUUUUGUUUAGAAGUAUGCUUUGAGAGGACAAAAACACUACUUUUUCAUGGACAAAUUUAUCAAUAAUUAUAAUCGUGUAUUAACUAAUUAUUGACAAAUUAGUUCACGAGAGACCUAAAUUAUAUAGAUAAAUUAAUCUUUAUUGUGAUGACA